AUGUCCAAUCGAACCACGGUGACCGAGUUCCUUCUCCUGGGAUUUUCUAAUGUUCGGGAGCUGCAAAUUUUGCACUUUAUGGUGUUUCUAGUGAUUUACCUGGCAGCCCUGAUGGGAAAUCUUCUCAUCAUCACAGCCGUAGCCCUCAACCACCAUCUUCACACCCCCAUGUACUUCUUCCUGGCGAAUCUGUCAAUCAUAGACCUCGGUUCCAUCUCUGUCACCAUCCCCAAAUCCAUGAUCAGUUCCCUCAUGAACACCAGGGUGAUUUCUUAUCCAGAAUGUGUCGCCCAAAUCUUUCUCUUCGUAGUCUUAAUUGCAGCUGAUCUUGCCUUACUCACCAUCAUGGCGUAUAACCGAUACGUCAUCAUCUGCCAACCACUGCACUAUGAGAGAGUAAUGAACAGGAAAGCUUGUGUCCAAAUGGCAGCCAGUGCCUGGAUUAUUAGUAUUGUCUACUCUGCCCUGCACACCGGCAACACCUUCAGUUUCCCUUUCUGCCAGUCCAAUGUUAUUGAUCAGUUCUUCUGUGAAAUCCCCCAGCUACUCAAGAUCGCCUGCUCUGACUGGUACCUCAGUGAAGUUGCACUUCUUGCCUUUAGUGUGUUUUUAGGCUUAAACUGCUUUGUUUUUAUUAUUAUGUCUUAUGUUCAUAUCUUCAAAACUGUGCUUAGAAUCCCCUCUGAGCAGGGCCGAAAUAAAGCCUUUUCCACCUGCCUUCCUCACCUCACUGUGAUCUCCUUGUUACUUUUCACUGCCAUGUUUGACUAUCUGAAAUUCACCUCCAGCUCAGCAUCUAAUCUAGAUCUCUUAGUGGGUGUUCUCUAUGCUGUCAUGCCUCCAGUGAUGAAUCCGAUCAUCUACAGCAUGAGAAACAAGGAGAUCAAAGCUGCAUUGAAGAAACUGAUUGUGUGGAGGUUAUUCACCAAGAAUUAA